AUGGGCAUCAAGGAGAUCAUCGGUCUCGGGACCGACGAGAAGACGCAGAAGAUUCGUGAUGAGGCGCCCAAGUUUGAGCACGUAGUCUGGUACAGGGAGCCCGGCCUCAGGGUCCUGACCUUCUACUCGGUUGUGCUCUGCGUCUCUUCCAUGGGAACUGGCUGGGACGGGCCUACCGGCGAUAGGCUUGGACUUCUCGUCGCUCUCUACCAGAUUGGCUCUGUUGCCUCCAUUCCUAUCGUUCCUAUCAUUGCCGACCGCUGGGGCCGCCGCCCCUCCAUUGCCAUUGGUUUCAUCAUCAUGGCCAUUGGCGCCGCUCUUCAGGCUGCCGCCCCCGACUAUGCAACUUACUCUGGCGGUCGUGUCCUCCUUGGAUUCGGCAAUUCGUUCGCUCAGAUCUGCUCCCCUAUGCUUCUGGCCGAGAUCUGUCACCCUCAGCACCGCGCUCGAUUCACUACUGUGUACAACUGUCUCUGGAAUCUUGGGUCUUUUCUCGUCUCUUGGACCUGCUUCGGGACCCAUUUCUGGGGCAACGACUGGUCGUGGCGUUUCCCUGCCAUUCUGCAGGGUGCUCCUGGUCUCCUGCAACUGAUCGUUCUGUGGUGGAUUCCUGAGUCUCCUCGUUUCCUCAUCGCCAAGGAUCGUCAAGAUGAGGCCCUAGCCAUUCUCGCCAAGUACCACGCCAGUGGCAAUGUCGACCACCCAACAGUCCAGUUCGAGUUCCGCGAGAUCCGCGACACGAUCAAGAUGGAACAGGAGGCUGACAACAGCACCAAGUAUGUUGACUUCUUCAAGACGAAGGGAAACCGUUACCGUCUUGCCGUGCUGUUCUCUCUUGGUAUCUUCUCCCAAUGGUCCGGCAACGGCGUUGUCUCCAACUACUCUGCACGUCUCUACACCAAUGCUGGUAUCUCGAGUGAAACCGAGCGCCUGGCUAUAACUGCUGGCAAGACUGUUCUCGACAUGUUCGUCUCUAUCAGCUGCGCUCUUCUCGUCGAACGUCUCAACCGACGCUUCUCUUUCCUCUUCUCCACGAGCGGCAUGUUCCUCACACUCGUCUUCUGGACCCUCACCUGCGGCCUCUCCGAACAGCACAGAGCUGCUGGCGCCAACAACGCCAUGAUAUUCCUGGUCUGGCUCCAUGGUGUCUUCUACUCUACCUGCUGGUCUGGUCUCUUGAUCGGCUAUGCAGUUGAGAUUCUUCCCUAUUCGCUUCGUGCCAAGGGUCUCAUGUUCCUCAACAUUUCGAUUCAAAUCGCUCUUCUUCUGAACGCAUAUCUCAACCCCGUGGCAUUUGAGGCCUGGGAGACCGAUGAGGCCAACAAAGACACUGGAUACGGCGGCAACACUUGGAGGCUUUACCUUAUUUACACGGUCUGGGUUCUUGGCGAGGUCAUCUUCAUCUACUUCAUGUACGUCGAGACUCGUGGCCCUACCCUGGAGGAGCUUGCACAGGUGAUCGAUGGAGACCGUGCCGCCGUCGCCCAUUUAAACCUCGACCACGUCGAAAAGGAACUUCAGCAGGAGGAGACCGAGCGAGUUCCCUCUUCCGAGCAGGAGGUCCACCAAGUCGUUGGCACCAAGGUUUAA